UCGUGAGCUCGUCGAUUGCAGUCGCAUCGCACGUGGUUCGUUUGCGGGUCAUUCGGCAAUCGGGGCGGGGUUGGUCAAAGAACUCGGUUACUGGGUGAAAACUACAGCAGCAAAAACAACAACAACAACAUCUAGUGCAAUAAGAUCUAGAUACAUCGAAUGCAGUCAACACGUACAGAAAAAAAAAAAAAAAAAAAAACAAACAAAAACCAAAACUUUGCCAGCUACAAAUAAUUUAUGCAUAUUGUGUGGAGCAAGACGCAAUUCUCCAUAUCUCAAUCUGUGGCUCAUCUGUUGUCGAUGCCGUUGUUGAGGUUGGCGCGUAAUGUAGGUCAGCAAUAGCCGCAAAUUGUGCAACAAAAAUUUCACGCUUUUCCACAUGCAACUAAUUGUAAUUGUAAUUGUAAUUGAGAUUGUGGCAAUCCAGCGAGAAAAGCGAAAACAAAUUCCCGCUUGAAAUUAUCCAACAGAGCAAAAGACAGAAGGCACAGGGGGCAGAAGUGUGUGCGAAAGUGUAAUGCGGCGCAGCAAGUGAAAAGUGUUUAAUCGAUAGUGAAAAUCAAGAAGAGGGAGGCAAGCAGCUGUCAAGCCUGCACCAAAUAUCAACAACACCAACACAGACACACACGCUAUAUAUGCUUACACAGUGAAACGGUUUCAGAGUCCGGGUCAACCCCCUUACCAAUAUACUUAGCCUUAGUUCAAAGUGCACUCAACUGCAGUCCCUUCUGCUGACUCAACCCUUAGACUACCCAAGUGCAUUGCACUGCAAAUUAACUUAUUGAGUCCCUCACGCACAAACACGCCAAAUAAUGGAUUUUUAUAGCAACAACAACCGGCAGCAACAUGAUCCCAAGUCUGUGCGCAAAAUGUUGGAGGACACCCAACUCGUUUGGGUGAGAGAUCCCGUGGAGGGUUAUAUACAGGGUCGCAUCACUGAAAUUGGUACCAAGGAGUUCGAAGUAACGCCCAUUGAUCGCAAGUUUCCCAAGCGUACGUGUCACUACGAUGAUAUACACUCAUCAUGUGAUGGACCCCAGGAUCACGACGAUAACUGUGAGCUUAUGCUGCUCAACGAAGCAACAUUUUUGGACAAUCUGAAAACGCGUUACUACAAAGACAAGAUCUAUACCUAUGUGGCUAACAUACUCAUUGCCGUCAAUCCGUAUCGUGAGAUCAAGGAGCUCUAUGCGCCGGAUACCAUCAAGAAGUACAAUGGGCGCUCGUUGGGCGAGCUGCAGCCGCAUGUCUUUGCCAUUGCGGAUAAGGCGAUUCGGGAUAUGCGCGUCUACAAGUUGUCUCAGUCCAUUAUUGUCUCUGGCGAAUCGGGCGCGGGCAAAACGGAGUCCACCAAGUAUUUGCUGAAAUAUCUGUGCUACUCGCACGACAGCGCUGGACCCAUUGAGACCAAAAUACUGGAUGCCAAUCCCGUGCUGGAGGCCUUUGGCAAUGCCAAAACCACACGCAACAACAACUCGUCGCGUUUUGGUAAAUUCAUUGAGGUGCACUACGAUGCCAAGUGCCAGGUGGUCGGCGGCUAUAUCUCGCACUAUUUGCUGGAGAAGAGUCGCAUCUGCACGCAGAGCGCCGAGGAGCGCAACUAUCAUGUCUUCUACAUGCUGCUCGCCGGCGCUCCCCAGCAGCUGCGGGACAAGCUGAACUUGGGCAAGCCGGACGACUAUCGCUAUCUUUCCGGCUGCACGCAGUACUUUGCCAAUGCCAAGACCGAGCAGCUCAUUCCGGACACUCAAAAGUCGACGAGCCACCAGAAGAAGGGCCCGCUCAAGGAUCCCAUUAUCGACGACUACCAGCACUUCCAGAAUCUGGACGAGGCUCUGGGUCGUCUGGGUCUCUCUGAUACGGAUAAAAUGGCCAUCUACACCUUGGUGGCGGCUGUUUUGCACUUGGGCAACGUCAACUUCGAGGAGAUACCCGACGAUGUGCGCGGCGGCUGUCAAGUGGCGGAGGCAUCGGAGCGUUCGCUGGACAUCACAAGCCGCCUGCUGGGCGUCGAUCCGGCCGAGCUGCGUACGGCUCUGGUGUCGCGCGUCAUGCAGAGCAAGGGCGGUGGCUUCAAGGGCACGGUUAUCAUGGUUCCUCUGAAGAUCUACGAGGCGAACAAUGCACGAGAUGCCUUGGCCAAGGCCAUUUAUAGUCGGCUCUUCGAUCGCAUUGUGGCUCUGAUCAAUCAGAGCAUUCCCUUCCAGGCUUCCAACUUUUACAUCGGCGUCCUGGAUAUUGCGGGCUUUGAGUACUUCACGGUAAACUCGUUUGAGCAGUUUUGCAUCAACUACUGCAACGAGAAGCUGCAGAAGUUCUUCAACGACAACAUUCUAAAGAACGAGCAGGAGCUGUACAAGCGUGAGGGCCUCAACGUCCCUGAGAUCACCUUCACGGACAAUCAGGACAUCAUCGAGCUGAUCGAGGCGAAGUCGAAUGGCAUCUUUACACUGCUGGACGAGGAGUCCAAGUUGCCCAAGUCGUCGCCUGCUCAUUUCACUGCCGAGGUGCACAAGUCGUGGGCGAAUCAUUAUCGCCUGGGUCUUCCACGCUCAUCGCGCCUCAAGGCGCAUCGCACGCUGCGCGACGAGGAGGGCUUCCUCGUGCGUCAUUUCGCUGGCGCCGUCUGCUACAAUACGGAACAGUUCAUUGAGAAGAACAAUGAUGCGUUGCACGCAUCGCUCGAGUGCCUGGUGCAGGAGUGCGAGAAUCCGCUCCUCAAGCUGCUCUUUCCAUCCGGCAGCAACACCUCCGUGCGUGGCAAACUAAACUUUAUCUCCGUUGGCUCCAAGUUCAAGACGCAGCUGGGCGAGCUCAUGGAAAAGCUCGAGCAGAAUGGCACCAAUUUCAUACGCUGCAUCAAGCCCAACAGCAAAAUGGUUGAUCGCCAAUUCGAGGGCUGCUUGGCGCUGGCACAGCUCAAGUGCUCCGGUACCAUAUCCGUUCUCGAGCUGAUGGAGCAUGGCUUCCCGUCGCGUGUGCUCUUCGCCGAUCUCUAUAGCAUGUACAAGUCUGUGCUGCCGCCGGAGCUGGUUUCCCUGCCAGCGCGCACCUUUUGCGAGGCCAUGUUCCAGUCGCUCAACCUGAGCGCCAAGGACUUUAAGUUCGGCAUCACAAAGGUCUUUUUUAGGCCCGGUAAAUUUGUGGAAUUCGAUCGCAUCAUGAGAUCUGAUCCGGAGAAUAUGCUGGCCAUUGUGGCCAAGGUGAAGAAGUGGCUGGUACGCUCUCGCUGGGUCAAGUCAGCGCUGGGCGCACUUUGCGUCAUUAAACUGCGCAAUCGCAUCAUCUUCCGCAACAAGUGCGUACUGACGGCCCAGCGAAUCGCACGCGGCUUUCUGGCGCGCAAGCAACAUCGUCCACGCUACCAAGGCAUUGCCAAGAUCAACAAGAUUCGGACCAACACCUUGAAGACCAUCGAAAUUGCCAGCGGGCUGAAGUUGGGACGCGACGAAAUUGUCGGCGGUGUUAAUGAUAUAUACAAGCAGAUCGAUGAUGCCAUUAUGAAGAUCAAGCUAACUCCGAGAAUUACCCAGCGCGAAAUUGACUCCAUGUACACGGUGAUCAUGGCCAACAUGAAUAAGCUGACAGUUGAUCUGAAUAACAAGUUGAAGGAGCAACAGCAGGCGGAGGAGCAGGAGCGACUGCGCAAGAUACAAGAAGCUCUCGAAGCGGAACGUCGUGCCAGAGAGGCGGAGGAGCAACGUUUGCGCGAGGAUGCCGAAAACAAGCGACUCAAAGUCGAAAUGGAAACCAGACGCAAGCUGGCCGAAGCUCAACGUAUGCGCCAGGAGGAAGAGGAUCGACGUGCCGCCUUAGUGCUGCAGGCGCAGCUGGAGAAAGAGGCCAAGGAUGAUGCCAAGUAUCGACAGCAGCUCGAGCAGGAGCGACGCGAUCACGAAUUGGCGCUGCGCUUGGCUAACGAAUCCAAUGGCCAGGUGGAGGAUAGUCCUCCCGUCAUACGCAAUGGUGGUCUGAGUGACGCGUCUCCCGUGGGUUCCAACAAACUGAUCAGUUUUUCACAAGUUGUGUCAAACAUUGCUUCGCGAUAUUUGAAUAAAUCGGAGAACGUGCGCGCACAACAGCAAGCGCUUGGCAAGCAGAAGUACGACUUAUCCAAGUGGAAAUACUCGGAACUACGCGAUGCUAUCAACACGUCCUGUGAUAUUGAAUUGCUUGAGGCCUGUCGACAGGAGUUCCAUCGUCGCUUGAAGGUCUAUCACGCCUGGAAGGCAAAGAACCGCAAACGCACCACCAUGGACGAGAAUGAGCGUGCACCACGCAGCGUCAUGGAGGCCGCCUUUAAGCAACCGCCUAUUGUGCAGCCCAUACAGGAGAUCGUGUCAGCACAGCAUCGCUAUUUCCGCAUACCCUUCAUGAGAGCCAAUGCGCCCGAUAAUACCAAGCGCGGCUUGUGGUAUGCGCACUUUGAUGGUCAGUGGAUUGCUCGGCAAAUGGAGCUGCAUGCGGACAAGCCGCCAAUCCUGCUCGUUGCCGGCACAGAUGAUAUGCAAAUGUGCGAACUGAGCCUCGAAGAGACCGGACUGACACGCAAACGAGGCGCUGAAAUUCUGGAGCACGAAUUCAAUCGCGAGUGGGAACGCAAUGGGGGCAAGCCGUACAAGAACCUGGGUGCUAAGCCGAAUGGAGCUGGCAUUUAAAUCGAGAUCACAGUUAAAACAAAAUUGUGAACGUAACGAAAGGAUAGAAACCAUUGGGAAAAGGAAAUAAGAUAAAGGAAAGAAUAACCAACACCGUUUGGCAAAUCCAAAUUAGCAGUCUAAACGAAAUUCCAUAAAUAUUUUUGCAUAACUUUUGAUAAGAACUACGUCCAAAAAUCGAUGGCUAUAAAAGAUAAAACAUAAAUUUAUAAAUGUCAA